AUGCCGGUUUCACAGCUGCCACCGGGACCUCUGCAGAUGGGGACCUCUGCAGCUGAAAGCAUCGCUGCCAUUAAGGUAUGCACUACUGGCAGGCCUUCCAUCCAGGUCGAUAUUAAAGAUACCAUCGAGUUCACAGGACUAGCUGUUAUCACAGAUGCCAUCCGGAUCUCCGCUGCUGUCGGCAUCGCUGCCAUCGAGGUCUCCGAUACCAUCGAAGUAUCUGCUGUUUUAGACGAUGCCAUCAGGUUCUGCACUGCUGAUGGUAAACUGGUCAACAAGGUGCGCGUGAUGCUGAAGGUGUCCGGCGGCGCGACCCUGGACGCCGCGCUGUCCGUCGACCGGCGCAAGAAGCAGGUGACCUUGGCGGACCCCAGCUCGCCGUCUGCCCGCUCGCCCGGGCUGUUCGCCUUCGACGCCGUCUUCACCGACGACGACCCCCCGGUCGACGUGUGUUCCCACUUGCUGACAGAGGCACUCCACGCGGUCAUCAAUGGAACUGAUGGCUGCUUCUUAUCCUUUGGCGCGCCCUUACUCGGUCGGCACCCGGGGGUCGAGGCCUGCGCCGCCGCGUGGUUGUUCCGCGGAGUGGCGGAGCGGCGCCAGCGCUCCGGGGCCAGGUUCUCUGUGCGCGUGUCCGCCGUCGAGGUGUGCGCCGCCGGCGUCGCCAGGGACCUGCUGCAGCCGUACGCCGGCGCGGAGGGCGAGCAGCCGCCAGGGGCGUACCUGCGCGAGCAGCCGGCCUCGCAGCUGCCCAGCGAGCUGCGCGCGCCCUCGGCCGAGCGCGCCGCGCACUACCUGGCCGCCGCGCUGGCCGCCAGGAGCUCGCCGGCCGCCCACCUCGUGCUCACGCUGCACGUCUACCAGUACAGCGUGGCCGGCCCUCGCGGCGCGGUGGCGGGCGGCCGCAGCCGGCUGCACCUGGUGGAGGCGGGCGACUGCCGCCGCGCCAGGGGCAAGGACAUGUCCCUGAGCGCCCUGGGCAGCGUGCUGCUGGCUGUCUUCAGCGGCCACAAGCACCUCCCGCACAGGGACCACAAGCUGACGCAGCUGCUGAAGGACUGCUUCAGUUCCCUGAUGUGCCACACGACGGUGGUGGCGCAUGUGUCGCCCUUGUCUUGCCACCACGCGGACACGCUCGCCACCUUGCAGCUGUCUGCGAGGCUGCACCGCAUCAGGCACAGGAAGAUCAAGUUCUUCGGGCCGUCCGUGAUCUGCAGCUACAAGAAGCCAGAUAGCAGCCAGCCCACCGAAGGCAGCGACGUGGAGCCUUCCAGCAGCGAGCAGUCGGCGGACACAGUCAUCUACCUGGGGGCGACCGACGACGCCACAGACGGGGAACAUCCUCCGACACGCGCGUCCAACCUCGGGACCAAGGACUCCAGGUGUCUCUCCGGGAAGACAUCCACAGCCGCCAAACACGAAGAAAACAAGCCCGACGAAGUCGCUGAGAACGGAGCUGCUGUCUGCGGUGACCAGAAACCGCCGGGGAUGAAGAACGCGAGCUGCAGGAGUUUUCCUGCCAGGGUCGGGAGGAACCCUCUCACCAGGUCGCUGUCGCCGAGGAAGAGUGCUCUGCUGGGCGAGGACCCGGCGCCGCUCACCAGCGACGAGCAGUGGGUGGACGGUCCGCGCAUCCCCAAGUCUCGCGUGGCGGAGGCGCUGGACCUGCAGGAGGAGACCUGGGUGGACGGGCCUCUGCAGGACGGCGGCGCACCCGGCUACGGCUUCAUGGACGAGCACAAGGAGCUGAUGAUCCGCAGCUGGGUGGAGAACCAGACGAGCCACACGAAGAAGAGCGCGGAUGCCAGAGCUCCCGAGGGCAGGGACGGACCCACCGCCACCGACGCGGCGGAGAGAGGCGACCAGAAGUUGACGUCACCGGACACCGGUACCAGCCUGGUGCCGACAAGUGCAGUGGUAUCAAAUCGCAUGGUCACGACGUCACCGGACACCGGUACCAGCCUGGUGCCGACAAGUGCAGUAGUAUCAAAUCGCAUGGUCACGACGUCACCGGACACCGGUACCAGCCUGGUGCCGACAAGUGCAGUGGUAUCAAAUCGCAUGGUCACGACGUCACCGGACACUGGUACCAGCCUGGUGCCGACAAGUGCAGUGGUAUCAAAUCACAUAAUCACGAUGACACGCGACUCGGCGGACAGAAUAUCACAGCUGAACAAAGGACACUCUUCAACUCCAGAGACUUUGGUUGCAUACAAUGAUGAGGUUAUGGACACGAACUCUCAAAAAUCCGGCAGAGAGAUAAGUAUUGGUAAGUUGAACAGAUUUUAAAGAAACAUGAAUGUAAUAUUAUGAGUUUUCUCCAUUCAACUUGUGUCCUGGAUAGUAUCCAACUAUUCAUGCACAAACAUUUUAAUACUGAUAUGACAAUGGUAAUACAUAAAUUGUCUCGUGUGUUUAAAAGUAUACCUAAUCGUCUCACGCUUCAGGACAGUGUUUAAGACUUAUAUUAAUCACAAAUAUGCAUUUGCUGCAACAAGCCAAGCAAUGGCCUAUCUUGAGUCUGUGGAGGCACUUCCGUGUUAAACAACAGUUUGGAUUUUAGGAAAGGCAAGUUGCUAGGAUAUAAAGAAGGUUUAUAAUUUUAAAUUUAAAUUUUUGGAUUGGAAUAAUCAUUGAUUUUAAAAUAAUAUUUUACAAAGAAUUUAUAAAGUUGUACAGAAACAACUUUAGCUGACUGCCCUUUGAUUUCUAGAUGUUAAUUUUAAAACAUAAGCUAUGGUUUAUUCCAUACUAAUUUGAAUCAAUGAACUUAAUUGAAAGGUAUAGAAUAAUUAAGACGGAUAGAUUUUAAGCAGAAGGUGCCAAAUUGAUUUGAACAGUUUUCAGGAUAAUACCAUUUAUAUACUCUUAUCUUGAAAAUUUGAAUUACCAAGACCAGAACAUAGUUUCUAACGUCAGUACUAUAACAAUUGUAGUCAUUCUCAAUACUAAACACUUAUGGCUUGACAGAGAAAACUAUUUUAAACAGUUAGUCAUCAUGAACUAAGUACAAGUAUUCCAUUGAAUUGUAUAUAGCCUACUAUGCCUUACGGGGGAUUAUGCCUCAUCAUCUAGGAUUUUUCCAAGUUUUCGCUGUAACUCUAAUUUUGAACUAUUUAUCCCACAAUUGGCAUGUCAAGGCAUAAAUUAAUUUUCUCAAACAUUCUAUACCUUAUUGAAACCAUAUAUUUACUAACAGACAUGUGCUUAGCAAUGGCGUAUGUCCAAAAGCUUACAUCAAGUCAUGCACUCCCAUUGCACAAAUAUUUCAAAGAUAAUAACAUACUCUAGUAGAAAAAUAACUUAUUUCAUUCGGACGACUAAAAAUAUCGCGAUAAUCACAUCAGUUCACAAGUGUUGACUUCAGCAAGUAGCCAAAGUUAAGUUCUGUGCCAUGUCAACCCAAAAAAUUUAGCACGGAAGCUUUAUGGCAAGUGGUAUCAAAAUGUUUGAGUUAGCAAGAUGGGAAGGUUUAUCCCCCUUAAAGAAGGCCAAUUCUGAAAAGUAGCGAUAGAAAAUUGUUAUGGUUUAAGUUUUGUUUAAACCAAGAUGGCGUCUUGUGGUCAGUUUCUAUGUCCUUUAUUCAAUAAAAUUGUAUUGCAGAUGUUUCAACAGACCACUUCGACGUGCGGCUCCGCAUACCAGUAGCCGAGAAGUCUUCUCGGCAGAGCCCUCUGAAGUCGAGCGCCGAAACUCGCGUGCUGCAGAGUGACGACAGGUUCAUCGCCGAAAACUACGACGACGAGUACGAAGUAUUCGAAGUUGCAGAGACAGCAGAGGUGGUCUCCAUGCAGGACUCGUGUUUGCAGGUAUGCAUGUCGGUGCUGUCUUUCAGCAUGUUUCAGUGUACCACAUGAAGCAAAUGAUUACUAUCGCAAUAAAUAAUUGCCCGCAGUUUAAUAAGGUUGGAGUGGUGAAGUCGUUGAGAUAUUAUUUUUCCUCCACUUGUGCUAGGAAGAGGAAGAAAUUUGAGAAAAAAAGAAAAAAAA